CGCAGCAGUAGCAGGCCUAUGCUGUUGACAUAUUUAACCCAUACUAUCCCUCACGUUCUCUCCCACUGCUUCACCGCACAGUUCUACCAGCUUUCUCUUGAAAAUCGAACUUGACGCCAUUCUUACUUUGCACCUAUGCCCCGUCUGCGCGUCCUUGCUGGCCCUUCACCGAAUGCUUUGAGACCAAUCUGUGCAAAUACCAAUAGAGCUCAUGUAAUAACCUCUGACCUAUUUGAGGGUCUUGUUGUGGUUCACAUUAAGGGCUUCCCGGACGAAGAAGGCAAUGUGCUCGACAGCGAGUAUUUUGAUCGACCUGAAAGGCAGGGUGUAACAUGGAGUAUUCAGGUACAAGGACGAUUUCUUCGGCCUUUUACAGCCGACGAUAUUCUCUUUGGAAAUACGUUUGACCGACCUUUGAAGUUGCCCUGGGGUUCCGGUCUUGCCUUAAAAUUCAUGCACGUCAUCGAUCCUACCUUGGAACACGACCUCACUGGUCCACAACCAUGGGCAUUGUCUCCACUAGUGUCAACUAUGCCUCAUUUAACACACACGUCUCUAGUACGAGGGCGUGUUCCGCCCUCAUUCCCCCCUAAAUACAGCAUUGUGGAUGACGGUUCGAGCCUAAACACACGUUCUCCUUCAAGCUCUCCAUCUCUCUCCCCAUCAUCAUCCCCCUCUUCCUCAGCAGAUAGUUUUUCCAGUAUAAGUAGCAAGGGCUCAAAAAAGAGUGCUUUGCAUAACCCGACGAAGACACGUCGUUCGCACUUCAGCAACACGGAAAAUCGUCGUGCCGUGCAAUUCGGCCAGGAUGACGUACUUACGACCGACUUCUGCUACGGUUUCAUCACAUUCCCAACGCUGUCACUGUGCCUUCCAGGAGGGCUGAGUUUCGAUCUCGCAAAGUAUUGGGACGGCCAACCCGUGCGCUUUGUCUGUUGUGCACGGCCGGAACCGGGCCAAAGUGUCGCAGACACGAAAGUCUUCUGGUGCGUUGCCAUCGAACGUGUUGAUGAUGAUGACGCUUGAUGCGUACCAUGACGUGGUUGUAACUUGGUUAUUUUCAAUUUGACUCGAAGCGCUCGUCUACAUUGUUUCUCUUCUUUUUCCAUGACAAGGACAUUGAUCAUAGUGAUGAUAUUGUCAGCUGCUAUCGCCACAUAUCUAUAAUCGGAUGGGAUGUACAUAUACAUAUAGACUCUUGUAUUGGUAGUAUUUUGUCAGUACACCUGCAGUAUAGCAGCACUCAUUAGUACUUCAUUGUGAAUUUACGCCCAGGGUUAUUCUGCGGGUUCAAC